AUGUUCGGCCCCUUCCGCAUUACGAAUCCCCUCUCGGGAGGUCUUCUGUGGAAGAUCCCUUGGCGACUGUCCAAGUUCCAGAAGCGACGACACCGCCUGCGUCUCCGAGCCGUCGACAACGUCGUUGCGACCGUCGAUGCUGCCCUCGCCAAGAAGGGACAGACCCUCGAGGCUCUCGAGCGAUGGAAGGCUGAGAUGCCUACAGAGGCUGAGAUGCUGCCCAAGGACAAGUACACCAUGUUUGACCGAAAGGCCAAGAGAUACCGCAAGGGCAUUCACAAGCUUCCCAAGUGGACGAGGGUUUCCCAGAGAAUCAACCCCCCCGGUUAUUAG